AUGAAAGGAGAUUUCUUUGGAGGCUUGCCCACGGCGGGGAAACGGUGGGACGAGACGAAGCGAGAGGAGGAAGGGCGGUGCGACGAUACGAAGCGAGGGCAGGAAGGACGGUGCAAGGUCUUCCCUCGUUCAGAGUCUGAUGUUCGUUGGGUUUUCGCGGGAAUACAACGGCAGUUCGCGGAGGAGGAGGAGGAGGAUCGUCAUGGAAUUAUUGAAUUCAUCUACGUGAAGACCGUCGCCAACAUGGUCAUUCUCCACGAAUCGCUUUUCAAGGAACUCGGCUGGGACGAUGGCUAUGCCGUCCCAGCUGCUAACGAGUUUAACCAGCGCCUGCAACACCAGUUUCAGAAGAAGCAAGAGGAGCUGCAGAGGCUUCAAGAGGAAUUGGGGAGACUUGAAGGACGAUUGAAAAGCCUUCAAGAUCAUGAGAAGAGACUCCUUGAAAGGAGUCGAGAAGGGGAGCUGGAGAGAGAACAUGAGGCAUUGCGCACCCUGGAGGCAGAACUUCAGAAAUUGAAGUCUGGUAUAGUUGACCUGGAAAAGGAAGAUGCCCACCUGCAUGAGAGGAGCCGUCGGCAUGAGGAUGCAUCAAGUCGAUACCAGGAGCGACUGGGGCAAGCACAGACGGAGCUCCAGCUGGACCAAAUCACCUACGAGGAAUGGUUGCGGGAACUGGGGAAGAAGAACUCUGACAGUCUUGCUCUGGUCAAGUACGCUCACAUUGACGAGGGCAAGAUCAGGGAUGUGAGCUUGGAGCUAGAGAAGAAGGAGACAGAGGUGGAUCAGGAAAGAAGGAAGGUAGAGGGCCUGGAGACAGAGAUCAUUGCCCUGUUGCAAAGUCGAGAGAAGACUUUGCGCCUGGCGAGGGAUCGAGAUCAGGAACUGAAGGAAGCAGGGUCCAGGUGGCAUGAAGCAACCAAAAAUCUUCACCUUCGCAACCAUCUCCUGCAACAGGCCCUUCAGGAACUGGGUGAAAAGGAAGAGGAGAGAAAGAAGCUGAAUGCCAAGAGAGAGAUGGAGGAGGAAUAUACACAGCGAGAGAGAGGGAAUAAUAUAGAGUUGGCAAGGAGACUGGAAGGAGAUCUGAAGCCCAGGCAAGCUAAGAUCAAGCAGGCUCUGGAGGACAAAAAGACAAGGAAGCAGGACCUGGUUCAACAGAUGGCGGUGAGCCAGAAUGCCUUGGCAGGAGCCAGGCGAGACCUAGAUGCUUUGAGAGUGGUCAACAAGAAGAUGGAGGAGGAACAGCGGAUGACAGAGAAAAAGUCUAAGAGAGUUCUGGAAGAAAUACGAGAAAUAGAAGAGAAAAAGAAGACAUGGGAGCAUAAUGCAUCUGAUGCUGACAAACGAUUCAACCUCUUUCUUCAACUUAUUCAGGAGGAAGAAGGGCGAGGGAGAGGACUGGAGAGGAGCAUGGCCCUUGCUUUGGCUCUCAUGGCCAGGCGAGAGAAGGAGCUGAAGGAGAAGGAAAAGAAGAAGGAAGAGAUCACUCGGCGUGUGACUGGCAUCCAGACUCAGAUUACUGCUACUCAUGCACAAGCUACUGCUCUGGAACAGGACAUAGCUGCUCGCGAGGAUGCCAUAUACAAAAUGAAAGGAAAGAGGGAAGCAGAGAAGGGGCAAGAACAAAUGGAAAGAAUGAAGGAGGAGGUCAAUUCCCUUGAGGGCGAAUAUGCGUCCAUGCUUCGUACCCUCAACUCUCUAAAAGAGCGACGCGAUGGAGGGAUGAUGGAACGGAGCCUUCUUGAAGUGGAGGUGCAGCGGGUGAGCAGGAGGCUCCAGGAACUUUCUCACAGGACCCUACAGCUGGAAAAGGACAAAAUUGCACUUCAAACUGAGGAUGUGGAGAUGGAGAAGAUGUGGGAAGGAGAAAUGGAGCAGUUGAGAGGAGAACUGCGCUUGGUCGAAGGGGAUGCAACCCGCCUCCAGACUUUCCUUAAUGACCGCCUCCUCCGCAUCCAGCGGCUCUCCAAGAGGAAGGAGGUGGUGCUUGAUGGCCUCAGUGAGGGGAAGGAAGUAGACGUUGAGGUCACUCCUGGAUACCUCAUGGUGAAGAGGGUCCAGGAGAAAGGGGAGCUGCUCCAAGAUCUGCAGGAUGCAGAGGCUGAGUUGUUGGAAGCGCGUGAGGAGCUCCAGGCUGCUCUCAAUACACUCCAUCUUGUUGAGAAUGCCAAUCAUAGAUUUAAGGAGUCAUAUGUAUCACAUGGACGAGGAGUUGGACCGGAGGAGGAGGAAGAAGAGGAGGAUGAUGAGCGAGGUGGAAGGAGGUCAGUGAUGGAGGGGGAAUACCGGGAAGCAGCAGAGCUGGAACGGGAAGCCCAGCAUCACCUAGAUGCUGUGAAUCAGAAAUGUGAGGAGGUGAAAGCCCAAGUGAUGGAAGUAGAAAAGGAGAGGGUAGCUGAACGGGAGAAGGAAUGGGAGUCCCAACAGGAACUCGCUGCACUGGAGAAGGAAGUGAAGAGUCAGGAGCAUCGCAGAGAGGUCGUAGAUGCUGUUCUCCGCCGCCUUCACCGUGAUCUCCAUUCACAUUUCCAGUCUGCCGAGCUCCAAUCCCUCCUUAUGGAAGUGAAGGUGCGAGAGAAGCGGGAAAGGAGACGGAAGGCGAUGGAGUUGAUCCAGGCAGAGGCUGGAGCCGAUAUAGCUGUCUGGGCUGUCACUGAGAGACUGUUCCUUGAGACCCUUCGCAAUACAGCAAAGGAAAAUUCAUUUCAUCGAACUCCUUUGUUCCUUCUUCCACUUCCCCAUGUUAUUGAGUAUUGUGCUAUUGACAGCUGUCUGUAUCAAAGGACUGAAUCCAGUCAGGGACAGCUGGAAACAGAUGAUCCUGCUCAUCAUGACAUUCCUCCAAGUGGGUUGGCAGCUCCAGCUACUCGAAGUUCCUCAAGAGCAUCAUCUGUGUCAUCAGGAACAUCUCGCCCCCGUGCCCUGGAAGGCUACUACAAGGCACGCUUUGGGUCAACGUCAUCCCCCUCUGCCCCGUCACAACCCAGCUGUUCCCGUUCCCUCCAGAGCAACAAGUCCUUGAGUCGGAGUCCCCCUGAGGGAUCCCUUCAAAAAAGAUCAACUUCAUCUGCAUCCACUCCAUCACGACCUGGUGGUUCUCUCCAGAGCUCAAAGAAGUCUGUUCCCUCGGCAGUGAAUGACUCAGAGAGGGAGAUGGAGGGGAAGGUCUCGCCAAGGGCGUGCGAUCGGAGGAUCAGCCGCGAAGACCUGGAGUUCACCUGGUUCCAUGGCAAAGUGUCGAGGGAAAUGGCGGAAACGAGGCUUUUAUCCAACGACAGGAAUUGUGAUGAGGGAACAUUCUUGGUUCGAGAAAGCAAUUCAUCUUCUGGUGACUAUGUCCUCUCCCUGGUAAAUUCUGGGAAAGUGGUGCACUUCCAGAUUCGACAGAUGGGAGAUGAUGCCUUUUAUGCCAUCGAUGAGGGCCCAGUUAUUCAUGGACUGGACACACUGAUUCAGUACUAUCAAGAGGAUGAUCAUGGGUUACCAUUCAAGCUGGGGCGAAUGUGCAUCGGUAUGCCACCUCCUCACGACACCCGCAAACAUGGACGCACCAACCUCCUCCAUCGUGCUGCUAAGGAAGGUGAUCUUCGAAUUCUGCAAGAGGUGAUCAACUCAGGAUAUCACAGUCUGGAGGCAAAGAACCAAGAUGGGCAGACAGCCCUGCACCUGGCUGUGAUCCAUGGGCAUGUGAGUGUGGCCAAGUUCCUUCUCCAGGUUGGGGCUCCAUGCAACGUGAGGGACAGUGUCGGCCUCACCCCACUUCAUUAUGCAUGUCGUAUUAAUCAAGCCGAGCUGGUGAGUCAACUGAUGGAUCAUGGAGCUAACCCACAAGUACGAUCCUCUCACAACAAUGAGGUGGCCCUGCAGGAAGCAGCAAAGGUCGGUGCUCACCCUUGUAUUGAGGCUCUGCUGAAGGGAGGAGCCCCCAUCAGGCCCCGCACCCUUGACUCUCUCACCCCAUCAGACAUAGCACGUGAGGAGGGGCACCUUGACUGCCUUCGCCUCCUUGGUAGGUUGACAGGAUGA